UCAACACCUACUCCACUCGUCCCGCAGCGGACCGUACCUUGUCAUACCUGGACACAUCCAAACGUAGAAACGCAGCUAUUCUUUCUAAUCGCUUAGUGGCUCUGGACGUGUCGAGAGAGAGAGAAAAAAAGAGACUCUAUCGUUGACGAGACGGGAUGGUUUGGGUCCGCAUGCACCCCGAGCACGCCAAAGUGCUGCACGCCGCCGGCUACGGCGUCGCCGUGUGGAUCGCUAUUUACUUCGUUCUCAUUCACGUUUGGGUGGUUUGGAAAUGGCAAUCGUUGACGGCGAUUACGGUGGAUGCAUCACACCGGAUAGGGGAUCCGGGAGACUGGGAUCUGCACGCUGCGUGUCAGGAACACGAGCGGGUGUUAGAAGAAAUCGAAACACUCAUUGAGGAAUUGGAGGACGCGCGAGAUCGCAUCCCACAUCAAGUCCAAAAUCUUCACGAAGCUGUAGAGGAAUUGGAAGUCGCGCGUGAGACCUUCGACUCAUUCUCGGUACCUUCCUUGUCCCAGCUUUUGACGACGACCUUGGCAUCCCCAGAGGACUCGGUUUCCCUCGAUGGUUUAGCCCAGGUUUGGAACCGUUCCACUUUGGGAGUCUUGGCUCCCGAUUCGCUGGAUGAGUUCAAUUACUUCAUGGACGCGGCACGGGAUAAUCUUUACCAACACUGGGAUAAUUCGGAUACGGUCGAUUGGCUGCCGCUCGUGCGCUUGUUUCAGCAAACCGCUCGGACCGAACCACCCGCGGAGCCAGCGUGCGGUGACACCCCGGUUGUCCCGGACGCGGCCGAUCUCGCCACACCACAAGAUUUGGUCCACGAAAUCGCCCUGUUGCGUGCAUCCAUACAAAAUCGGCGGCAACGAGAAGGUUUCGUCGUACUCCAACCCUCCACCAAAGCCCGCCUCGACGGUAUUCUCGCCCGUGACGUCCAAGCCUGGAUACAAUACGGACCCGCCCGAACGUCCGACAAGGAGACUAGAUACGAGGGCGAGAUCAAUUCGUCCUGCGUCUCUACGCCUUUGGUCUUGCCCUGGAUCGAAGCCGGCUUGGACGCUCUCCACCGCGGCCAGGAUCUCAAUACCGCCCUGCUCCGCGCCGUGGCCCGUGACGACUACGACCCGUCCACGCUGAUUCUCGACGCCGUCUGGACUCCGGCCACGCCCGCCGUACGCGAUGGGCCCUCCACCUUGAAUUUACGGACCCUGUUGGAUCGACCACUCACGCACCAAUUGUCCCACGUCCUGGAUCGCGUGGUGGACGCCACCGGAGGAUAUAUCGACGCGUUGGAUCAACGCGUAGACGCCCUCCCCGUGGACUGGGUUUCUCAAUUCCUCACGACUGUCCGAAAGGCGGCAGGACGAGUGAACGUGCCCGUACCAGACAAGCUGCGACGGGCCCUCGCUGUCUAG